CGAAUGCGCGUUAGCGAGUAACCGAAGCUGAAAAACAACUUUUUGCUGCUGAAAAGGUGCAGGCGGAGCUAAAUUCAACCAGUUGCUCGCAAGCGUUGCCAACGUAAUGCGCAUCGUACUGCCUGUUGUGCGCUUCAAACUCAACAAAAGGCGCAUUCCAAUUGGACUUCUCCUACUUUGCUUAAUUUUCAUUGCCUUUCAUCAGCUCAUUGCACGCAAAAAUGCAGCAAAAGAAACGCACAGGCAACGAAGUAAAGAAGUUGACGCACAACUGCGCGAUUGGCACGACUACGCAGCUAUGUCACGCGAUGCUGAGCGUAACGGAGCGGGAGAGCAGGGCCAGCCAGCGGUCUUAGCUAAUAUGGAAUACAAAGAGGCGGUAGCAUCCAGUUUGAGCAUUUACGGUUUCAAUGCUCUACUAUCUGAGCAAAUUUCAUUGGAGCGCGCGCUGCCUGACGUGCGCCAUUUGAGUUGUCGCGCACAAACCUACCACAGACACCUGCCUGCCGCAAGCAUAAUUCUGGUACACCACAAUGAACAUCCAUCGGUGGUGCUGCGUGCACUGCACAGCCUUUGGAACCGUACACCUCACGAAUUAUUGCAUGAGAUUAUAUUUGUGGACGACUACAGCACUCAACCGCCUUUUGGCGCCUCACUUGAACAACAGCUGAUUGUGAAAUUUAGCACGAAACUGAAAAUACUCAAACUAACCGCACACUUUGGGUUGAUACGCGCACGAAUUGCUGGAGCGCGCAUGGCAACCGGUGCCGUGUUGGUAUUUUUGGACGCGCAUGUGGAAGCUGCUUACAACUGGUUGCCACCGUUAUUGCAACCAAUAUUCGAGAAUCCCCGCACCAGCACCUCGCCCAUUAUAGAUACUAUUAACUAUAACACUUUUGAAUAUGUCAGGUCGUCGCCUACGCGCGGUGGAUUCGAUUGGAGUUUCAAUUAUGUACAGCUGCCGGUGCUGGCUGAAGAGCGCAUGACGCUGCCGGCGCCGCAUAAUAAUCCAGUGAUAAAUGGCGGUCUCUUUGCAAUUGAGGCGAAAUUUUUCUGGCAUUUGGGCGCCUACGACGAGGGUUUGGCUGUGUGGGGUGCAGAGCAAUUUGAACUUAGCUUCAAAAUUUGGAUGUGCGGCGGUCGCAUAUUGGAAGUGCCUUGUUCACGUCUGGGUCAUCUCUACCGUGACGGGGCGUUUCACAUCAAAUAUACCAACCGUACAGAUGAUUUCAUAUCGAAGAACUACAAACGCGUCGCAUCUGUUUGGUUAGAUGAAUACCAGGACGCAUUAUAUGCGCACAUCCCCAAGCUUGUGGUGAUUGACGCGGGUGAUGUGAGCGCGCGUCGCGCUUUACGAGAGGAGCUUAAGUGCAAGACUUUUAAAUGGUAUCUCGAGACCAUUGCUCCAGACUUGUUGCAGGCUUAUCCACCAAUUGAGCCACCAGACUAUGCGUUUGGUGCAUUGCAAAGCGUUGUAGCACCAGAUCUUUGUCUGGACUCGCUGCAGCUUUCGGCACGUCAACCGAUUGGCGAUCUGCGCUCUUGUCCGCCUGACCUGAAACACCCAUACAUCACGCAACAUUGGCAGCUUACCUUUCGUCGCGAUCUCCGCCAGCCAAAUGGCAAUUGCCUGGAAGUGCAGUCGUGGGCACAAGAUGCGCCAGUUUGGCUGUGGCCAUGUCACCAUCAAGGUGGCAAUCAAUUUUGGUAUUACGACCAGCAAACACAGUUGCUGGUGCAAGGAGAAACGGAGGUAGAGCGCAUGUGCUUAGAGGCGAAUGUAACGGCACGUCGAGUGUCAAUGAACGACUGUGAUUUUGCCAAUUUGAACAUGAAAUGGAAUUUCGGAUUUGUCAACAAAACAAUGAUGGCAACAUUUUUCAAGGGAUUAAGAACAAGCGAAUAGGAGAGUUAACAAAAUUUGAAAUUCAGUUGAGGAGAUACCGAUUUGACUCAUACAUACGCACAUAUGCUUGUAGUCAUGAACUUUAUUUUUUUCCUUGUUCACUCCUCUCGGGAGCAUAGGGCCUCGACAAGACAUUUGUCUUGCGUUGGUUACAUUAUUCUAUUUGAUUUCUGACAGGGUAGGUGAUAAGCCUGCCUGUCAUGAAAGUAGUGACAACUUUAAAUAUUUCUGACCACAUAAGGCUGUGCAGAAGUUCUCUGCUGUACUUUUCAGACAGAAAUUUACUGAUUGAAAGCAUUAUUUAAAUAUUUAUUUAAUAUUUUAUGUAUGUAUGUAUUUGCAUGUAGGUAUAUCAGUGGUGUCUUAUCCAUGAGGUGGUCGGCUCGGUGCACCAAGCCUUGAAGGGUACCAAAUGAUUUAAUUAUAAUAAUAGAGUUUUGAAAAUUAGAU